AUGCAAGCCGGAAAUAUUUCUGAGCAUUUUUUGCUUAUGAGAAUGAACAGGCAACCGACUUAUUGUGCUAUCUGUAAUAAGGCUGAUGGUGGCUUUAAUUAUGGGGCUUCCUGCUGCAAUUCUUGUAAGAUGUUCUUCCGUCGCGCCGCCCAGCAUCCCAAUUUUCCAACUCACUGCAAAAAUACGAACCCCUGUGUCGGAUGUCGAUUCUGCCGAUAUCAACGUUGUCUAGCAGCCGGAAUGGUUUGGAAAGAUCCGACUCCCGUUAUGAGAGACAUUACUCCAACCAUUAAACAUUUGGCGAAGCUGGACAACCAUCGGCAAAACGUGUUUCUUAACUAUGUGGCAAUGGACAACUUGACUUUGGAUGAGCUCAUUGAAUCGAAUUCGGUGAAUUAUACACUAAAACAACAUGGAGUGCAACUGGACGUUUUCAAUUGGGCAACUUUGAAGCACACAACUAGCGUUGUCUUCAUGAAAAGUUUCGAUUUUGUUCCGUUACUUGAUUCAGAAGAUUUGAAGGUCUAUGUCAAGCAAAUGUAUAAGCCGUUCAUGAUGUUUUGCACUGCAAUGAGAUGUUAUACAAAUCGCAGAGAAUGUGCUGAGUUUCCAGAAGGACUUGAUAUUCUUCCUCAACAGCUUACAAGUCAAUUUAUAAACUGCCCUGAAGUUUUGCUGAAGGUUAGAUGUCCAAUUGUGAAUCGCCUCAAGGAGCUGAACAUUAUCUAUGAAGAAUUUCUAAUGGUCACUGCUAUAUUCAUUUGUAAUCCAGUUUCAUCGAAGCUAUCCCCAAACGGCCAGACUAUAAUCAGCAGAUCCCAAAAGAAAUACGCCUCGAUCCUCAUGCAGUACUGCCUUAUCAAAUAUCAAAAUAGUGGACCUUCAAGAUUCUCGGAUCUUCUCUCACUAUUUGACACAAUCAACAACACUGCUAAGAAUUUGGAUAACGUUUUGAUUCAAACUUUUGGAACAUUUCAACCCAAACGUCAAAAAGUUUUUGACGACAUGAUGAAGGCGGUUUUGGAAUAA